GACGUCAGAGGGAGACAGUAUGCAGCCUGCCACAGCCUACAAAUGAGUGGGGGAUGCUGGAUGUAAAUAAAACGUUGUUUCCAUGUUUUUUCUUAUUACACGCUCGGCUCUGGAUAUGGGGCUUGGGUAAAAUAGGCUAAUGCGUACAUACAGUAUACAAGAGAAACGUUCAAAAUUAUACAGCCUAAGAAAGCGAACGAACUCUCAUUCAAACGGUAAGACAGAGUUUCCGUGAUAUUUCACAAAAGCUAAACUCCUUGCUCUGAAAGCAGCAGCAAAAAAACCCUAGCGAGAAGAAGGGUGAGGACCGGGAGCGCUGGAAAGCUCUUCGCCGGCUUCCGGACAUUCAGGGGCGGCAUCAAAGCUGCAGUCGUCGCUAAACUGGACCGCCGAACAUCGUCGUUAUUGGAUUGGAAUAUCUGCGUUAUCUCGUGAAGGCUGGUCGUUUAUUUUUUGUUUAUCAUGUCCAGGAAAGUCCAAAGAAGCGAGGUGUGUGCCGACUGCAGUGCGCCAGAUCCUGGCUGGAGCAGUAUAAACCGGGGUGUGCUGAUCUGUGAUGAGUGCUGUUCUGUGCACCGGAGCCUGGGACGCCACAUCUCUAUCGUUAAGCAUCUGCGCCACAGCGGCUGGCCUCCUUCCUUACUACAGAUGGUCCAGACUCUGGCCAGUAAUGGUGCUAAUUCAAUUUGGGAGCACUCCCUACUGGACCCUGCACAGGUUCAAAGCGGUCGCAGGAAACCUAACCCACAAGAUAAAGUGCACCCCACCAAGUCUGAGUUCAUUCGCGCCAAGUAUCAGAUGCUAGCCUUCGUCCACAAGCUGCCCUGCCGUGAUGACGAUGGAGUCACCACCAAGGACCUCAGCAAGCAACUGCAUUCGAGUGUGCGGACAGGGAGUCUGGAGACAUGUCUGCGACUACUGUCUCUCGGAGCUCAGGCUAACUUCUUUCACCCUGAGAAGGGAACCACUCCACUGCAUGUGGCUGCUAAGGCUGGACAAGUGCUGCAGGCCGAACUGCUUGUGGUUUAUGGAGCUGACCCCGGAGCACCAGACAUCAAUGGCCGCACUCCCAUGGACUAUGCUAGGCAAGCAGGCCAGGUGGAGUUGGCUGAGCGCUUAGUGGAAUGUCAGUAUGAGCUCACAGACAGACUGGCCUUCUACUUGUGUGGCCGACGCCCAGAUCACAAGAAUGGACAUUAUAUCAUCCCUCAGAUGGCUGACAGAGCUCGCCCUAAGUGCCCGACGCAGAGCCUGGACCUGUCUGAACUGGCCAAGGCCGCCAAGAAGAAGCUACAAGCGCUCAAUAAUCGCUUGUUUGAGGAGCUGGCCAUGGAUGUAUAUGAUGAGGUGGACCGCAGGGAAAACGAUGCGGUCUGGCUAACAACUCAGAACCACAGCACGCUUGUUACAGAGAGGAGCGCAGUCCCUUUCCUGCCUGUUAACCCUGAAUACUCAGCCACACGCAACCAGGGUCGACAGAAGUUGGCUCGAUUUAACGCACGGGAGUUUGCUACGCUCAUUAUUGAUAUCCUCAGUGAUGCCAAGCGACGGCAGCAAGGCAAAGGCCUGACAAGUCCCACUGAGCCUCUGGAUGUGGGUCAGCCAGAUGACGACCAGCAUGAUUAUGACAGCGUAGCUUCUGACGAGGACACAGACAGUGAGCUGACCACGCAGAACAACAACAACACCCAGCGCAACAACCGCGCCAAGAGCAUGGACUCGUCUGACUUGUCAGAUGGACCCAUCACACUGCAGGAGUAUCUGGAGGUGAAAAAAGCCCUGGCCUCCUCUGAGGCUAAAGUCCAACAGCUCAUGAAGGUCAACAACAACCUGAGCGAAGAGCUGAGGAGGCUUCAGAAAGAGAUCUCGCGGAUGCAGACGGAGAACACGGCGUUGAGGGGGGCCCAGGCUGGGGUGCCGGGGGCUCUGGGUGGGGGCGGCAGUGUGCCACUCUGGCCUGCUGGGUUGAGGGGAGUGGCAGGGGGAGGCGGAGGAACGGUCAGUGGGGAUUUGGGCCUGGCCCCGCCCUCCUCAGCCCCGCUCCGCAGGGACAGGCAGGCCUUCUCUAUGUACGAGCCUGGAGCAGCCACCCCCAAAGCCCUCGCCCCAGUGCUGGACUCUCUAAGUGAUCACCUGCAGCCCCUUGGCCCCAGCGUGCGCAAAGGGGCUCCUGCAGGUCCCACACCCUAUGGAGGACCACAUCUGUCAGCCUCCAUGGAGGUGGGGCGAUAUAUGGGUCCUAAGACAGAAAAACAUGGUAGUGGCACUGACAGUGACUAUGAUAAUACACAAACAUACGACACCUCUCUUGGCAUGGGCCGCAGCAGUGAAGAAGAUAGCCGAGGGGAGGUGGAGGACAGUGGUGAUGGUGGGGAGCCAGACCCCACGCUGCCAUGCACGGAGGAUGUCAUCCUGAAGACUGAGCAAGUCACCAAGAACAUCCAGGAGCUGCUAAGAGCAGCACAGGAGUUCAAACAUGACAGUUUUGUGCCAUGCUCAGAGAAGAUUCAUUCAGCUGUGACAGAAAUGGCCUCUCUUUUUCCUAAGAGGCCCGCGCUGGAUGCUGUCCGCUCCUCUCUGAGGCUGCUGGCGGCCAGUGCCUCUCGACUACAGGUAGAGUGUCGCAAGGCGGCGCCCUCUGAGCCAUCAGCCAGCACGGUGGACUACCAGCUCCUCACACAGCAGGUCAUCCAGUGCGCCUAUGAUAUUGCCAAGGCCGCCAAACAACUGGUCACCAUCACAACCCGUGAGAAGAAGCAGUGACCCACAGUGCGAGCAGGGCACAUGCUUACUGAGAGAUGGGCGGGGGGACGCACUACAGGAACGGGGCAGGAAUUAGGCAUGUUGGUGGUGAAGGAAAGGACUAGACACAAAUGGAGCUGCUGAAGUUAAGAAUGAAAUGAACAAUGGAAGAAGGAAGCAUAUGAAUGUUGAGAAUGAUGAAAGUGAAAAGGAAAUAAAAUAUUGCGAGUUGUGAAAAAGACAGUGAAAGAAGGGAAAAAGAAGCUACAAGCAGCUAUCCAACCUAUCACCACCAAAAUGGAGAAAGGGUGGCUUCGUGGGAGACUUUUUUCGGAGCGGCUAAUCAUCUCACUCCUGUGGCUCUUCUGUUAUCGGGGUUCUUCUCUACCCAAAUCCUUUACUCAAGUUUUUCUUUCUUUUUUUUGGUCUCUUUCUCUUACACAUACACGCAUACAUACACACUGGCUUUCACAUAUACAAACACACAGUUCAGUGCUUGUGGCCUUUUAGCACACUCGCUGUGGCUCCUCUGGUUCAUGUUCAUAUAUACUGUUCUCUUUUAACACUACACACACACACACACACACACACUCUCUCUCCCACUUCCAGCCUUGUUCCAGAAAACCAGACCACAGCCCCUCGCACCACUCUGUGUUUGUUUGUGUGUUGUCUUUAUCUUUCUGUUUUGCUGUCAUUGUUUUUAUUUUUUCUCUUAAUCUCAUCCCUUUCCUGAAUCCAUUUUUAUUUUCGAAUGCCACUCCACUGGCCUGUACCUCUCGGGACAAAUGCUCAGACUUUAAAAAAAAAAAAAAAAAAAAGAACACUUACACUGGAAUUAUUGUAAUGAUUAUGACUAUAGUUUUGUAUUAAUGUAAUGAUUAUCAUUGUCAUUGAUGGUUGCUUCUGACUUUGUUAAAUAUGUAUUAAUAUUAUUUUUUGGUUAAUUUUCUUUUAUUGUUUUUUUUUUGGGGGGGGGGGUAUUAUUUUACUUUUUGUUAUUUCAUUUAUCACUUGGUCAUGAAAAAAAAGGGGAGCGUUCUUGAAUGGGACACUCAGAUCUUACAGUAUUGGGUGUGUUCACAGACCUGUGAAAAGAUACCCCUGAUCUUACCGAACACGCCUGUAAUCUAGGGGAACAUGUUUGGGUUACUAUGUGUGACUAUGUGUACAACUAUUUUGCAUUCAUCAUAGCCAAACGAGAACGAUGAGUGUGAGAACACUGUAGCGAUGACCUUACUCUUUUGAGCACAAAGGCAGUGGUCAGCUUUGACCCAGACGGCUGUGUGCACUGACAUCAGAAGGUAAAGUCAGAUCUCAUCCUGAAGAGGAGAGGGAUCUAUUCAUCUCAUCAAUAUUCCUCUAUUGUGGGCUCAUUUCACUACAUUCUCUGCCUGCACCUUUCAGUUUAGCAACAAGGAGCUCCACUCUGUUGGAACGGUUCUCUCUCCAGCUCUUCCAUUGUACUUUCUUUGAGAGUAUCAAAUCGGCUUCUUUACUGGUGUAGUGUGUUAGGGAACUUUGAUGUGAGCCCUUAUUUCCUGGACCAGAUUUGUUUUCCUCUGAGAAUAUCAGAUUUUUAUGUAGUAUGCUUCAUGCGUUUUUUUUUUUUUCUUUUUCUUUUAUUGGAAAGCAUGUGUACUGUCAAUUAUAACAAGACCCUUAUGUUAUAUAAGCUACAUGGAAGUGAGUGUUGGUGGUUGAAGACCGCCAUCAACAUUCUCCUCCCAGGCACUUCAGCAGGUUACGGUAAUGAGGAAAAAAAGACAGCUGUGCUGUAUAAACCUCUCCCUCAGUUGAUCCAGGAGCAAAGAAGAGGGUGUGGGUGAGACUGUAGGCAGCAGCGGGGGAUUGUGGGUUACUGCUGAAUGGCUCUUGGCACGAUGCAGCCAUUUCAGCUGAGAAGUACUCCUCAUGAUGUUUGUGGGGGUGGUGAACUGGAGCUUUCAAAGCGCAAACACACUAAGCACUACUUAAUCUAAACACUAUGUUCAUCAGCCUGAGGCUUAAUUUAGACAGACACAUAAGUUAUUCACACAGGCCUGUCUGAUGCUUGCUUGAACACAAAAAAUGAGUUUCCGUCUGGACCACAUUCACAUUUCAGCAGGUGAUCACGUAGUGAUGGUGUCUGAACAGAGGUGGAACUGUUUUACCUUGUCUAGGUGCAGCCUGCAUAACAUCAGCUUCACUCAAAUACUGUCCGUUUAUUUUCAAUGUUACAUGGUUAGUUUUGUAUGUUUCUUUUGCCACUACAUAAGCCUUAAAAGUUCUUCAGUUGCAAUUUUGCUUACGUUGUUUCUUACAUUGUCUAAGAUCCCAUGUGAAUUUCGACCAGUACAUGCACUUGCCUUUUUUUGCGUUUGGGGAAUGGGAUGAUGCUUUUCCUUUAAAAUGUGUCAAAAAAGAUUGUCGGGAGAGAAUCUGUCGUCAUUGCCUUUGCACAUCUGCCAGAUUCUUUGUAGCAUCUGUUGUCUUGAUAGUUGCCAUCUCUUUCAUCCUCUUUGACCUCUCUGGGUAGCACACAUAUAACAGAGUUAUUGAGUAUGUGUCACACAGAUUGGUAAUGUCAUACGGUGGUUAUGGGGAGUUGUUUAUUUUUGUGACAGUAGUUAGAUAUUGGGAGAACCCAGGAGGUUAGCACCAAACUGGGAGAAGAGAUGGGGAUGUGUGUGUUUGGAAAGCGGGAGCCUUUGCACACAUAGACUGCAUGAUUUAUCCAGCACAAUGUUGGGCUCCUUUGGUGUAAACUGUAGAAAUGUAAUGUCUGCCUUUGUCCCACGCAGCCUCAUGCCAUCAUGCAGUCAAUGCACACAUGAACAAAGCCUUCACAUGCACACAGACGUGCAUGCGCUCGAGCGAACAUCCACAUCCUACUUUUGAGUAGUCUCUUCUUCAGUUCAGUCCAGCCCACUGCACUGUACUCAUAAUGACUGUUCUGAGAUUGCUGAUGGGAGAAAUUCUUUUAGAGUAAACUGUAUAAAAUAAAGAAACAACUAAGCAAAAACAAAUCAUAAUAGAAACUCGUAAGCUGUACAUUUGUAAUAAAGACAAAAAAUGUUAA